CCUCUCGAACUCCGUCCGCCGUAAUGACGUCAGUCCAACAUGGCGGCACACAUAGCUCGACGAGCUUCUUUACUCCGGAGUGUAAUCUUUCCACAUGCUGCAAAACUGAGGAGUGUUGUUAGAGACGUAAACAACAAUUUACAACCGACUAUAGGUUACGCGACACGAGGGACUGACAUCACACAGGAAGACCAAGUGCAUGUUCCAGUAGACCGUCUGACAGUAUCUUACAGCAGAAGCAGCGGUCCUGGUGGUCAGCAUGUCAAUAAAGUCAGCACAAAAGCAGAGAUUCGAUUCCAUUUGCUAACAGCGGAGUGGAUCCCAGAAGAAGUUCGACGCAAAAUCUUUGAAAAGAACAAAAACCGAAUCAAUAAGGCCGGGGAGCUGCUGGUGACCUCAGAGCUGAGCAGGAGUCAGCAGAGAAACCUCACUGAUUGUAUACAAAAGAUUUCUGCCAUCAUCGCUGAGGCUAGCGAGAAGCCACAUGAGCCUACAGCAGAGGACAUAGCUCUUCGGGCAGCCAGGUUACAGAAGAGGGACAAGGAGAGACUCAGACAGAAGAAGAUUAACUCGGCUAUCAAGCAGAGCAGACGACUGGAUUUUGAAUAAUUGAUUGAAUGAUAAAUAUAAACUUCUCAUGCUUGUAUUGUCAAUACUUACUUAUUAUUUAUAUUUCUUCUGUUUUUUUAGGACAAUGUAUCAAAAUGAAUGAUGCAUAAAUAAAUGUGUACACAAAAUAAAUGAAAUAAUAGGAAAUGCAUUAAAAAAUUUGGAAUAAAUGUGUACAUUGGUAAAUAAAGGUUAGCAAUAAGACAUGA